GUGGCCUUCUGCAUCAUGAGGCAUGGUAAAAAACUAGCUAAACUAGGCAGAAAUAAGUCUGAGAGAAAGCAACUCUUCCGUAGCUUAGUGGCUGCCCUAAUUCGUCAUGAAAGGAUCGAAACAACUUUAGCCAAAGCGAAAGCAAUACAGCCUAUAGCUGAAAAGAUGAUUACCUUAGGAAAAAAAAAGAAUAAAGAUGCAAAAAUCUCUGCAUGGAGUUUUUUAUAUCAGGAGAAAGUUGUUGUUCCAAAGCUAUUUAACGUCUUGGCAGCAAGAUAUGCCACCAGACCAGGCGGUUAUACUCGUAUUGUUAGAACACCACCAAGAAAGGAGGAUAAUGCAAAGAUGGCCAUUAUUGAAUUCAUUGAUAACAAAUUACCAUCACUCAAACCUCCA